AUGGUUAAUGCACAAUUCGAACCUUUGGCAAAACUUUGGGGAGUAGAAAAUAAAAAAGUACCGGAGUUAUUAGACAGAGAGGCAAAAUUAAUUAGGAUAGACGGUAAAUUACAACCGUUAUUAAAUAAUUUAUAUUUUGAAGGAACAUAUGUAGAUGUAAAAGCGAAUAAAAUAAAUAUCAAUACGGUAGACCAAUCUAAGGUCGAAAAAGUGAGAAACUCUUCACAAAUGAAAAAAUAUAAAAAAUAUUUAAAAUUUAAAAAAGCAACCAAUUCCUUGUCUCAAUUAAAAUCCACAUUCGUCCAAAUAAUUAAAUUAGCACAAAAAUUUAAUAUAAUUAAUGGCAUAAUUAGUAUCGAACCCAAAGUCAAUAAUGUUGUUAUAUAUUUAAAAGAUAAGAAUGAUCCAAAGAACAAAGAGUUUAUUAAAAUGGAAAAGAGACAAAUCGAUCCAAUUAUAUUAGGUGGAAAUGAAAUUGUCACUUGGUUUGGGCCUCGGCCUUUAAGAUGUAGUGCAGAUGUGGCAAAUCCGAGAAAUAUAGAGUAUCUUAUUAUAGGAAGCACAGAAAUAGCUAGUACUAACAUUCAUGUAUGUAAGUCGGGGUUUGUAACUGGUGUUAUUUGUGGUCAUGUGAAAGCACUUGAUACAACCGUUCUAAGCGAAACAGGCCCUAAAGUAGGUGUCUUUCUAACAUCCAUACACGAGGUUAGUGAUGAUAGUGGCGGAUCUACGUUCCGAUACAGUCACGAUGAUUAUUCGAUACCUUUAGUAUAUGCAGUUGGUAUACUUGUAUCUUCUGAAGACCCAGAUGACGACUCAGAGGAAGAAGAUGAAGGCCCU